UCUGACGGUGUUGACCAAGCGUUGACCAAGGCGUUGACCGAAGCUGCUGACCACGAUUUUGACCAAGCUGGAGUUGGUAUAAUCUUGCCAAGCCCUUAGCCUAUCCCCUCACCCUAUGGAUGUGCACUCACCCUAUGGUACUUGCUGAGUCUGAGUUUGUCUGUCUCUUCUUUCUGCAUUGAGUCUCUUUUGUCCAGGUGAUAGGACUCCAUGUAUGAAGGAUAGGGCCUCAUUGACCAAACCCCUGCCAGGCUUUAUCCCUGGGAGAAGAAGAAGAACCACUGAUGUAUGUGCCCGGGGACGAACAGGAGGCGGCCUUGAAAGAGUGGGAGGCGGAAGAAGAUCCACUCAGGCGUCAGGCCCUAGAGGAUGAAAAGAGGACGAUGUGGAAAUUCCGGCUAACAAGGGAGAGAAAAGCAAGAUUGGAUGCGGUGAGCCGGGCGGCAAGGGAAUUGGAAGAAGUGAAGAAGCAGAGGGACCAGAUGGCGACGCAGGUUGAUUUGCAAGGGAAGAUGGAAAUCAUGGCAAAGAAUAUCGAAUGCCUGACAACGGUUCAAGAGGAGCAAUACCAAUUUAUUAGAAGUCAAGAUAUUGCUUUGUGCUCGAUACGGUUGGGAUUUAGGGAGUUCGCAAGGGAGCUAGUGGUACAGGUAGGGUCCGAGGUGAAGGCCCGCCUAGACAGCACAGAGCGUUAUUGCACAGGCGCCAUAGAGGGCGCCAAGUUGGUCGCACCCAAGGAGGAAGUGGCGGGUCCCCGUAGAGAGCCUGUGAAGGUCCAGUUCCCCGACUCCUACGGCAGAAAGGAGGAGAACUUGGAUAAUUGGGAAGCCAACAUUAAGACGUACGUGCACUUGCAGAACGCUGCUCCCGACGAGCACGUCCUGAUCGCUAUACACGCCCUUAGGGAGGAAGCAGCGAGCUUCGCCCGUUCCCUGUGUCGCGCCGCCAACUGCAAUGAUGAUUUGGUGGCUUAUUCUGCAUUCACUCCUCUCAGUUACUUUCUUAAGUUGCUGAGAGAACGGUUUGCAGACGUGACCCCUAGUGUCAAAGCGUCAGAAAGCUGCAAACCAUCCAUUCUCGUCAGUGGAGGAGUGCGAGCACUCAAAGGUGUGAUGGACGAGUUGGUUGUCGUUCCUGAUCAUGGGGUCACUGAUACCCAAUUGGUCAACCUCUUUUACCGCGCUAUGCCCGAACCGUUACACGGGCAUUUCUUUGAAAAGAUCCAGCAACCUACCAUGACCUACGAUGCACUUAGCAGGGAAGUGGUAGCGUUCGAAGCACGGCCCGCGUCAGUAUCCACUGUCUGGCAUAAGGACCUGGAUAAGGGUAAAAAUUGGAAGGGUCGUACCAUCUCAGGUCAAGUUAAGACCAAGGAUCAUCUGAUCCUUACAUUAGAUGAGGGUGGAGGGAGGCCGCAAGGAAGAGGAGGAGGCCAGAGCCAAGGGGGUCGGGCCUCGGGUGGCCGUUUCCAGGGCAAUCAGGGGGUUGGCGGUAGAGGAGAAACCGCCAAGCGGGAGGAAGGGGUCAAGGUCCCCCGCCAAACCGUUCUGGCAACCGUUCACCUAAUAGGGGAGAAAUUAGAGGAACAGGUCUUCGUAGUUUACGUCAGGCCUGUUACUGACCCUAAGGAAGAGAAGCCCAUUGACCCAGCUAUUGCCAAGCUGCUGGAAGAGUUUGAGGACUCAGCAAAGCCGCCGACAGGAGUAGUGUCGCGGCCGAUCCAGCAUCGUAUAGAGACAGAGCCUGGCAAUAGAACUCCCAAAGGAGCGGUGUACAUGAUGUCCCCGCGGGAGUUGGAAGAUUUGCGUAAGCAACUAGACGAGCUUCUAGAAAAGGGUUGGAUUAGGCCCAUUUCAUCUCCUUAUGGAGCACCAGUUUUGUUUGUCCCCAAAAAGGAGGGAGAGCUUAGAAUGUGUAUUGACUAUAGGGGUCUCAAUGCUAUCACUGUGAAGAAUGCAGAGCCACUGCCCCGUAUAAAUGAUCUUUUAGACCGGGUGUAGGGAUGCAAGUAUUUUUCAAAGAUAGAUUUGAAGUCCGGAUAUCAUCAGAUAGAGAUCCAUCCUGAUGAUCAGUAUAAGACCGCAUUCCGGACUAGGUAUGGGCACUAUGAGUUUAUAGUCAUGCCCUUUGGACUAACCAACGCGCCAGCGACCUUUCAGCGUUGUAUGAAUGACCUGUUUAGGCCGUGGUUAGAUAAAUUUGUAGUAAUGUA